AUGGGGAAGCAUCGCAGAAGCCGCGGAGGUGGCGAUGACGAGGCCGAAACGGCGGCCGCCGGCCAAGAGCUCAGCACAGGAACCACCGUCGCCCAGCCGCAACAACCAACAAUUCCGAGCGAGAUAGCGAAUGGCGAACGCGACUCCCGCGAAAGCUCCUCGCAGACUCACAGCAGUGUAAGCUUGAAAAGAUCGGCCCCUGACGAUGACGAGGGAUGGACCAAAGUCGAGCGAGGCAACAAGAAGCGCAAGAAGGUCCCUCGCGAAGGCUCCAACAACUAUCCCGCCAUCACCUUCUCCCCGAGUGCAAAGCUGUUUGCCAAGAUCAACCUCGCCAUGCUUCGCGACCUUGUUCUCUACCUCUUCGCUGACGGAACGGGUCCGAAUUGGGUUUCCGUUUCGCACCGACCGUACUUCAGAAAGAUUGUAGUCUUGAUGGUACCCGGGUUGGAGGAAGCCAUGUUCAACGAGGCCGUGAACUUCGAAAAGUAUACCUCCGGCUCGGCUAGCAGCCAAGACCGCACAGAAACGACGCCCGACGACUACUACCCCCGGCCACUUUCGGCUGAACGCCUACCGAUUGCGCUCCAGGGAUUCGCCAACAUGUUCCCUCACCUAUGGCCUGUCAAGGCACCUGGCGACGACAAGUACAUGAAACUUCACUCGCCCAUGGGUACCUUUCUGACCGCGCCUAUGUCCAAGAACAAAGACGAGAGAAAGGGCCCCAAGCCGGCGAGGGAGCCUAGCGGCUGGAAGAACGAGCGAACACGCAUUACCGAAUUUUUAGCCACACUCGAGGAACUGGAAACUGCUGGGCAUCUCAUCCACCCGGCGCUCAUAGAGAAUGAAGAGAGAAGAGCGGCAUUCAGGGUUCCAGAUGGAUGGGUUGUGUCCAAAGUCGACAAGCUUGAAGACGGUGAAGUGCCCGAGGCGGAUAUUGAGCAGGGCAGCGUGACAGCUGGCCGAGAGUGUCUCGCCUUGGACUGCGAGAUGUGCAUGACGGGCGAGAGCGAAUAUUCUCUUACACGCAUUAGCGUCAUUUCAUGGUCAGGAGACCUGCUGAUGGACGAACUGGUGAAGCCGGAGAAACCCAUCACCAACUACGUUACGCAGUUCUCCGGUAUCACAGAGGAGAUGCUGAAACCGGUGACGACCACACUGCAGGAUAUUCAACAGAAGCUCCUCGAGCUAAUUACCCCGCGAACCAUCCUCAUCGGACAUUCGCUCGAGUCCGACUUGAAGGCUCUUCACUUCUCUCAUCCCUUCAUCGUCGAUACCUCUCUCAUCUACCCGCAUCCGAGAGGCCCGCCUCUUAAAUCAUCUCUCAAAUGGCUGACUCAGAAGUAUGUGAACCGUGAGAUCCAGAAAGGCGGCGCCAACGGACACAACCCGAUCGAGGACGCUCGCGCUUGUCUGGAUCUUGUUAGACAAAAAUGCGAGAAAGGAAAGAUGUGGGGCGCAUCUGACUCUCAGGGUGAGAAUCUAUUCCGCCGGCUGGCCAGAGCUGGAACCGCAUACAAGGCGCAGGGCGGCGAGGCAGGUGGUUUGAUAACAGGCAAGACGAGCGCUGCCGUGGACUGGGGUGAUCCAUCCAAGGGCCCUGGUGCUGGAGCAACGUACCAAAUCGGUUGCAAAUCCGACGCAGACGUCGUCAGCGGCGUUAUUCGCGCUGUAAAGGGCGACGCGGACGGAUUGGAAAUCCCAGGCGGUGGUGUUGACUUUGUGUGGGGUCGGAUGCGAGAGCUUGAGGCGUUACAAGGCUGGUGGAACAAGAACCGAGUUGAGAGCGCCAAUAGCGAUGGCGGUCCUCCCGAUUCUGAUACCAAGCUGGAUGAAAAGCUCGGCAAGUCGCCUCUGGAGCAGUGCUUGGCCCGUCUCUCCGCCUCUCUCGAGACCAUUCACGCGAGCCUUCCACCCUGCACGGCCUUCAUCGUCUACUCGGGCUCCGGUGACCCUCGCGAAAUGAGCAGGCUCCAGGCCAUGCACACGCAAUGGAAGCGGGAAUACAACACCCCCGGAAAGAAGUGGGAUCAGCUGUCUGUCAAGUGGACGGAUGAGGAGGAACAAGCCCUUCGACGUGCAGUUAAAAAGGCCAGACAAAGCGUCGGGUUCAUUGGUGUGAAAUAA